GUCGCAAAAGCCUACAUGGAUAAAAGUCAAGUGGAUAAGAAAAAAAGAUCGCACGUGGAUUACGCUUGUGGCUGGAACAACUACAGCAUGAGAUUCAUGGGGCUUUGGCCGAGAGAGCAGAUGAUCAAUCCAUCCGAGAACAUGAAAGUUUUCGCGGCGAUAUUUUUCAUGUUUUUCUUCGUAAGUUUACCGCAGACGAUAAAUCUUUUCUUCAUCUGGGGUGACUUCGAUCUGGUCGUGGAAAAUCUAUCUAUGGACAACAUGACUAUCUCUAUUGCGAUUAUGAAAACUCUCGCUUUUUGGUUUAAUGGAAAAUCCCUGAAAGGACUGUUAAAUUCUAUGGAGGAGGAUCGUAAGGAAGCUACGAGAGACGAGGACAUUAAGAGAAUGAUGAUCGUAGCUGAAAUCUCAAGAAAAAUAACCAUAACAGCCAACAUAAUGUGUAACAGUCUCGUCAUCUUUUACGGCAUAAUGCAUUUGGCAACAAAUUAUACGAGCGCCCGUGGACUCUUCUUCCCAGCGUAUUUUCCAUGGGAAACGAAACCCAGUCCAUAUUACGAGAUAACUUUUUUCGGACAGCUUAUGGGUUCCUUCUAUGCUUGCGCCACUUAUUCCGUGGUCGACACGUUCGUCGCGACUCUGGUGUUACAUGUUUGCGGACAAUUGGCUAAUCUUAGACACGAGCUAAUUAAUUUGAGAAGAGAAACGAAGGAAGAAUUUCAAGCGAAGUUAGGCGGCAUCAUCAAGAAACACGAUUACCUUAACGAAUUCACAGAAACGAUCGAAAAUUCUUUCAAUUCGAUGUUACUGAUUCAGAUGUUAGGAUGUACCAUAACACUUUGCUUGGAAAGCUUUCAAACUCUCGAGUUUCUAACAGGUGAAAAGGAUAAAUUCUUUCUAUUGGAACUCGGAUGCACCAUAUUCUACGUCUGUUAUAUUCUAAUUCAACUUUAUCUUUAUUGUUACGUAGGCGAGAAACUUCUUUCAGAGAGUACAGGAAUCGCGGACGCCGCCUACGAAUGCGAAUGGUUUAACCUGUCACCGAACGAAGCAAAAUGUCUCAUACUGAUCAUGCGUCGUGCAAGAUCGCCCUUGCGCAUUACGGCUGGAAAAUUCUGUUCCUUCAAUCACGAGCUUUUCAGCGAAGUCGUUAAAACAUCGAUGAGUUAUUUAUCCGUUCUCUACGCAAUGAAGAACGAAGAAUGAAAAUAAGAGUAGAAUAAAUGUGACAUAGGAUUAACAUUAUAAUUAUUGUAAAGUCUAGUAAUAUUUUUUAAAUAAUAACUAGACAAACGGAACAAUAGCAAUUUGUAUUUAUGGAAAUAAAAAUCCU